ACCGAACCUUAUGAUAUUAACCUUUCUUAGGAGUACCAGUUGCCGAUCCAACCACUUCCGGACGAUUAAACACGUUCGGCCUAGGGGGUAUUAUGCUAUUGGAAGAUACGCAACUAAUCGAAACACUUGCACAUUUUGCUCGAGAAAGAAUCCUAGAGAGGCAUGUGUUGCAAAGGCAUUUGAAGAUAUUGACUAACAAAUUGCAGAGUAGUCCAUGCCCAAGCAGCCGGCGCUUUCGGCGAAUUUGAAGUUACUCACGACAUCUUAGACUUGACUUCAGCAGCCUUCUUGAAUGGCAUUGGAAAGAAAACUCCUUUUAUAGUGCGCAUAUCUACGGUAGGAGGGGAUAAAGGCUCUCCAGAUGUAGUACGAGAUGUACGAGGAUAUGCCAUGAAGUUUUACACCGAGGAAGGAAACCAAGAUUUUGUCUUUAACAAUACUGCCGUGUUCUUCAUUCGCGACCCUAUCAAAUUCCCCUCCCUGAAUCGGUCCCACAAACAUCACCCGCAAACCAAUGUUCCGGAUGCUGACAUGUUCUGGGACUUUCACAACAAUAACCCGGAAGGUACUCAUCAAAUCAUGUAUCUCUUUUCAGAUCGAGGGACUCCUGCUUCACUACGUAAUUUGGACGCGUACAGUGGCCAUACUUACAAAUUCACCAAGCAAGACGGUACAUUCAAGUAUGUAUACGAUUCCACUUGAUUUCAAACCAGGGAGUGAAAAGCAAUACAGCAGCAGAUGCAGAGAAACUCUCAGGUGUGAAUCCUGAUCACCAUAAGUUGGAUCUUUUUAAUGCUAUUGAGCGUGGAGACUUUCCUAGCUGAACAGAAAAUGUCCAAGUG